AUGGCUAAGAAAAGACCAAGUCAAGGUAAUAAACACACUGGUGGUAGGAGUAAAUCUAAAUCUAGUGCAAAUUCUUCUUCUAUACAGGCAGAAGAUAUAAAACCUGAGGUUAUAGAGACGGUUAUCGAAAUUUCAGCAGAAGUCCAAACUCCAGUGGACCUUUCUACUCUCUCUGCGACUCAGAAGAAGAAUUUGAAAAGAAGACUUAAAAAGAAAAGUAUGGAAAAUAACUCUAUAUCAAGGGAUAACUCAAAUAAUAAAGUCAGAAAGCAGUUAAGUAGAAAAGAGAGAGAGGCUAUGAUGCCUAAGGAUCCAUUAGAAGCAUCUCGUACUUUGUUCUUGUCUAACAUUAAUGAUAAGCUUAGAUCCCUGGUCAGAUUGUCUACUUUGUCCAUGGACGAUGUAUUAAAUAAGAAAGAUGAACAGGAAGCAAUACUGAAUGAACUUCUAACGGAGUUAUCCAAUGUAAUUUCUAUUCAGAGUUCACAAAUAAAAAGACCUCCUGCAAAACAUCUAAGUUCUACAGCGAUAUGCGAACAGUUGAUGGACUUUGAGAAUAUCUCCCCAGAAAAUGAGAAUUAUGAUGCUGAGUUUCAUGAGCAUUUGAAAGAACUAUUAGUUACUGUGACUCUUUACGAGAAUUAUCGCGCAUUUCAAAGUAGUUGUAAUGACUUGCGUUCUCGCAUUGAACAUAGACUAAAAGAGAAUCAAACUUUGGCUCAACAAGCAAUAGAUCACAACAAGCAGAGAAGGCUUAUUAACAAAGUGAAACAAUUGAAACAAGGGGAUACCUUUGAUGCUGAAAAAGUAAUCACAACUACAUUUGAACUUCCAAUAAACAGGGGUAACCUUGUGGAUGUUCUAUUCAAUUCAAGUUCUAAAUUAGCCAAGACUUAUGGAAAGAAGUGUGGCGUACUAAUUGAAAAGUCCAAUGGAAAUUCUAUACAUAUUACAGGGCAACCAGAUGAUGUUAGGGAAUGCUGGAACUGUAUAAAAUCACUGGAUGUAAGUUCUCGUGAGGUUUUGAAUCUUGAUCCAAAAGUAAUUAGGAAAUUAUUUUCAAUUAAUGGUCCAGUGAAUCUUAAGUCUCUACAAAAUGAUCAUAGUGUCAUAAUAACGAGAGAAGGAGAUAAUGUCUUAAUUUUGGGUUCGUUGGAGGGCACUAAGUCGGCUGUGGAUACAAUAUCCAAAAUAAACGAUUAUUCAAGCAAUAGUAUAAGUAUUAGUGUACCAUUAAUUAUUGCAAAAGCAUUACAAUUUAAUUUCUUACCUACAGUACGCAAUAUAGAGCGAGAGACUGGUACAAGUGUGAGGAUACAAUUUGGCUAUCAAUCGAGAGGGGCAUCUCCGGCAAAUAAUACUGUGGCAUCUGAAACAGUAGCAGAUAGCAAAAUAGUUAUUUUAGGAAAAGUUGAUGGCUGUGAAUGUGCAAAGAGUAAGCUUUCUCAACUUAUAAAGACAUUUGUCAUUGAAGAUAUUCAAGCAGAUAGUAAAGCUGUUAGGAAAUUGUUUAGUCCACCUGGAAAGGAUUCUUCAGAAGAUGCAAAUAGUGGCAGGAUAUCGAAGACUAUUAUUGACGGAUUCUCACGCUUGAGGGACUCGAAUACAAUGGGUAUUUUGCGUAUUGGAUCUUCUGUAGUUAUGGUUGGGCCAAGUAAUGAAGUUAAGGUAGCUAAACCUAUACUACUUGAUUUGCUAGAAAGAGCAAAGUAUCAACCAAGUAGCAUAACUAUUCAUAAAGAACAGUUACGUAUUUUAAAUCGCACUAAGAGAGGGGAAGUUGAAGAGAGUACAGGUGUUGAAAUCUCAACAAUUAAGAAGCUAGAUAAUCGUACUGUACAACUUGAGAUUUUUGGAUCAGACGAGGAGAGGAGCAAAGCUGAAAAACUUUUAAAGGAUAUCCUAAAUAAUGAAGCUUAUAUGGUUACAAUAAGUAUAGAUGAUAGUACAUAUGAAAAGUUGUUUAGUGGACAACGCACAUACUUACGAAAAUUCAUCUCUUCCUUCCCCAAUAUUCAGAUUUUGCCUGGUGAUAGGAAGAAUAGAUCUAUAGUUGCUGUCGGCAUAAAAGAUGAGGUUAUUACUUUUAAAGAUAAGAUGGAGAAAUUCAAUGAACAGACAAUUCAAGAUACAUCCAAUCAAAAGACUGAGACUAUUGAUAUUCCUCAUGGCAAGGUUGGAAUGAUCAUUGGAACGAAGGGGAGUGUUUUGAAUGACAUCAGAAAUAAAUCUAACUGUGAACUAAUUAACAUUCCAAAAAAUACAAGUUAUGUAAUUUUGAAGGGAACUGAAGAACAAUGUAGUAUAGCAAAAAAUCUUAUUUAUGAUAUCUUAACGAAUUCGCAGUCUAAUACAAGUACAACUAGCAACAAUGACCUCAAAACUGAGAAUAUUAGCUUACCCAAAGAAACAAUAAAAUUUGAUGAGAAGUGUUUUCCUACUUUAAGUGGCACUAAUUCUAUUGUUUAAGGAGAUGUGCAUACUACAACUGGUAUAUAUAAACUGAUAUUCUAGAUAUCCUCUUAGAACAUGGUAUUAUCAGUUAUUGAUCCUGUGUAGAAUCUAAGUGUACUGGUAG